UGUCACUCAAAUGAAAUGUCAUUCUCUCAUUGAAUUGGGUUAGAAUUAGAAGUCGCUUUGUGAAAAUUUAACAGAUUAGAUUAUUAGUGACCUUAUCAUUCAUUUCAUGAUUUUGUGCAACAUAAUGUAAAGAUAACUCGGAUGAUACAAAAUGCUGAUUUAUAUCUCAAAGUAUUUCUGUGAAAUCCAACUAUCGGUAUAAAACGAGUGACUCAAGCUUUAUUAUAAAAGAAAUGAGUUGAUUGCGCUGUUAGUAUGUCUUUUUACGAUAAUCAAGCAACUAGUUAUCCAGGCGGUACUUUUACGUCAGCCGAAAAUUUUUUCACCGGAUCGCAAAGCGGGCACUUUUCUGGAACUACCCCAGUCGAUAUAUCUCAUUCCACAUUGGAACCAACAGCGCGAGAGUUCUUUCCUACGUCUAGUUUUUCUGAGACUAAUAAUGGUGCUGUACGGAGGAGACCUCAACAACAGAAUAAAUUUAGAGAUAAUAAGGAAUCUGGAAAUUGGAGAAAUAGGUAUGGUAGUGGAAGAACAUUCAAUAGUUCAAGAUCAAACUUCAGCAAUAAAACCGGCAGGAAGAUCAGUAUGCUCCUGUGAACUAUAGAAGUGACAAUUCAUACAGUACAACAACUAAUUUCCAAAAUGAUGAAGAAAGACAGCCCGAACUAGAAAGAAAUACUCAAAAAUACCACGAAGAUCAUCACGAUGAUCACUUAGAACAUAACGAUUUCCAAAGUAGAGAUCAAGGUAACAAUUCAUUGCCGAGUUCCUCGAGAAAUUACAGAAAUACUAAGAGAUAUGAUAACUAUUAUCAGGGACGAUCCAAAGGUAACUACAAUGAGAAGAAUUCCAUGAGCUAUGAUGAUAAAAGGAGUAAUAAUUAUAGAAAACAAAAUAAUAACUUUACAAGUGAAGAUAAUUCGAGAAGAAAUAACCAAAAUCAGAAGAGAAACAGCUACAAAUCCUAUUAUGAUUCAAGAGGUAGUCAAAAAUCAAGGGAAGGUGCUUCGUCGAAUAAUUGGAGAAAAGAAAAUGUGGGCUUAGAAAAAAGCUCUUCUAAUGUGAUUAAAUCUAGUACCAAGAAAUUGGAUGCAGCCUCUCAACGAGAGAGAUUAAUAGAAAUGCUCAAUAGACGUAUGUUAGAGUGUUUAGUCUGUUGCGAAAAAAUUAAAAAUACUGACAAAGUGUGGUCAUGUAUCCUCUGCUACCACAUAUUCCAUUUAAAUUGCGUAGUAGCUUGGGCCAAGUCAUCCAAGAUUGAAAAUGGCUGGAGAUGCCCAGCAUGCCAAAAUGUUUGCAGCGAAGUGCCCAAGCAGUACAAAUGUUAUUGUAAUAAGGCAGUGGAACCGAGGUAUGAACCUGGAGUAAUUCCUCAUGGCUGUGGCGAAAUGUGCCUCCGAAAAGGUAGAAAUUGCGAACACAAGUGUACAAUUCUGUGCCACCCCGGGCCUUGCCCCGAUUGCGUCAUUAUGAUUUCCAAAUCUUGUGGUUGUGGAGCUACGCAACAAAUGGUAAAGUGCAGUACGGAUAUAGAACUGACUUGUGGCGCCAUCUGCGACAAGCAGUUGGAGUGCGGUUCACAUCGUUGUCGAGAACAUUGCCACCAGGGCGAUUGUCCGCCGUGCGGAAAAAGUAUCAUACAGGAGUGUUAUUGUGCCAAAGAAGGCCGAAAGGUACCUUGUUGUGGCCAAUAUAAAGGCCAAAACCAUUAUUCAUGUGGGGAAGUAUGUGAUAAAAUAUUAUCUUGUGGAAAUCAUCGUUGCCAAUCGGUAUGCCACGAAGGUCCGUGCGAGACCUGUCCUGUGGAUGUCAGCGUAAUAAAAACGUGCCCUUGUGGAAGAUCCCCUCUUAAAACACAGAGGAUAUCUUGUCUAGAUCCUGUUCCAUGCUGUGAUAAGGUGUGCGAUAAAAUAUUAAAAUGUGGCCAACCCAAUUCCCCUCAUCGUUGUGAAGCUACGUGCCACGAAGGUCCUUGUCCGCCUUGUCCAUUGACCACAGUUGUUAAAUGCCGAUGUGGUCACAUGGAUAAGGAAAUACCGUGUCCAGAACUUACAACUAAGGCUGACGAUGCCCGGUGUCAAAAAAAAUGUACCAAAAAACGUUUAUGCGGCAAACACAAAUGUAACCAGCUAUGCUGCAUAGAGAUAGAACAUAUCUGCCCUCUUCCAUGCAACAGAUUGCUCUCCUGCGGCCAGCACAGAUGCGAACGCACAUGCCAUUCCGGCCGUUGUCCUACUUGCGUCGAAACCAGCUUCGAAGAACUGUAUUGCGAAUGCGGAGCUAGCGUCAUCUAUCCACCGGUUCCGUGCGGUACCAAACCGCCCAACUGCCUUAAUCCGUGCUCGAGGCCGCGGCCCUGUGGACACGAAGUCAACCAUGCGUGUCAUACAGGGCCAUGUCCCCCUUGCACGGUACUUUGUAAGCGAUGGUGCUACGGACAUCAUGAACAAAGGCCUGCGAUACCGUGUCACCAAGAAAACUUCAGUUGUGGAUUGCCUUGCGGGAGAGACAUGUCUUGCAAAAGGCACAAAUGCGUCAAACCUUGUCACGACGGUCCGUGUCCUACACCCUGCAAGCUGCCGUGUAAUGUACCAAGAGAGUUGUGCGGCCAUCCUUGUGGCAGGCCAUGUCAUUUACCACCCUGUCAGGAAAGUAGUUGUAAGCAGAUGGUGCCAGUUACGUGCCCGUGUGGUCUUCAAAAAAGUACGAGACCCUGCACCGAAGUCGCCGAUGAAUUCAAGAACAUCCAAAUGAUGCAGCUGAAGGAAAAGAUGGGAAGCUUGUCGACGAGUUCCACAGUCGAUUUGACAGAUAUUUUCAGCGCUCCCAAAAAACCGACUGUUCUAAAGAUAUUGGAGUGCACAGAAGAAUGCCGAGUUUUGGAUAGAAAUCGUAGACUAGCAAUAGGCCUGCAAAUCCGCAACCCAGAUUUGAGCCAGAAACUAACACCAAGAUACUCAGAUUUUAUGAGACAGUGGGCCAAAAAGGAUCCACACUUUUGCCAAAAAAUCCACGACAAACUUUCGGAACUCGUCCAACUGGCCAAAAACAGCAAGCAGAAGAGCCGCUCGUAUUCCUUCGACUCGAUGAAUCGUGACAAAAGGCAUUUCAUACACGAGUAUUGCGAACACUUUGGUGUGGAGAGUGCCGCUUACGAUAUGGAACCGAAUAGGAAUAUAGUAGCUACAGCCAUUAAGGAUAAGUCGUGGCUACCUAGUAUGAGUUUGUUGGAGAUUAUUCAAAGGGAAAACGGCCAGAGGAGGGUUCCCGGGCCGGUGCUGGGGGGACGAGGCCCGACCAGUAAAACCGAAACAGUGUCCUUGAAGUUGCCUAGCAGAGUACAAAGGUCAAACACGCCUCCUAAUGAAAUUGUUGAUAAUUUCAGAUCAUCAUAGUUAUCAAUAUUUUUACUUUAUUUCAAGUUUAUAAAAUGUUAUAUUAUUGGAAGCAAAAUAAAGAUUUUUUUGGUUAUUUUUAUU